AUGGCUAAGAAAAUGCCUCCAGAAUGUGUUGUAGAAGAGUGUGUGAGUGAUUGUGAGACUUUCAGCAAUGAAACUGUAAGGACGGACUUGAAGAAGUUGCCGGCGCUUCCCACUCAAGCCCUUAAGGAGCACCCAUCUCUGGCUUAUUGUGAGGAUCGAGUGAUUGAGCAUUACAAGAAGCUGAAUGGACAGACAAGAGGCCAAGCUAUCGUCAAUUAUAUGAGCAUUGUAGAGUCCCUCCCAACCUAUGGAGUACAUUAUUAUGCAGUCAAGGAUAAGCAGGGAAUUCCGUGGUGGUUAGGACUCAGCUACAAAGGCAUCUUCCAAUAUGACUAUCACGACAAAGUGAAGCCAAGGAAGAGGUUCACUCUAGAGGCUGCUGGAGGAACCACAGUGGAGACAUGA